AUGGAGAAGCCGACGCCUGUUAAGAACGAUGUGCAGGGGACCGUUUCCCAGUCCCCAUCGACGUCUUCCGCAGUAGAGGUUUCUUCCGCCAAACCAGAAGAGAACCGGCCCUGGUGGUCCUCCAUCAAAGAGCCCGGAUCCGCACCCCAGAUCGUCGUGGCGGCCUUGCUCGCCAUCGCUCUCGGUGUCACGAUCAGCGAGACCGUCGAUGAUAUCCCAACUUCAGCUCGUGUGCUUGUCGGGAUCCCUGGUACUCUUUGGCUUCGUGCUCUUCGAGCCGUUGUCCUGCCAUUGAUUGUCACCUCUGUUGUGCUUGCGAUUCAGCAGCUCAAGGAAAUGUCCAAAAGCGGUGCUGCGAUCGCCCGCUGGACCAUCGGAUACUUCCUCUGUACAACAUUCAUCGCUAUCAUCCAGAGCGCUCUCCUCACCGGCCUGGUGUGGCGAAGACUCUUCGACGAAGCCAGCGCAGACUCACUGUCGGAAGAUUCGCUCGGAGACAGGGGCACUGAACUCGCCGAGACUGGCGACAGUACCCCGGUGCACGAAGUCAUCCUUUCGUUGUUUGAAUCGUUUAUCCCCCAGAACGUCUUCUACGCUCUCACGAACGACGACCUGCUCGCCGUGCUCAUAGCCGCCAUGGUUUGCGGCUAUCUGCUGAAACCGGGCUCCGGUAUCGUUCGCGCAGUGCGAGAGAUCGAAGCAAUUGUCAUCACGAUUGUCACGUUCCUCAUCAAACUCGCUCCCAUUGGUGUCUUCUUCUUGAUCUUGCCCAACCUCUUCCGACUCAACAUCGCCGAGAUCGGGUACAACCUGGGCAUCCUGGUAGGAGGGGCACUCUCCAUGAUGGCCAUCCAUCUGUUCGUCGCCCUCUCGGCGAUAUUCUACUUUGUCACCAAGACCAAUCCGUGGGUGUACUGGAUGAAGAAUUCCAAGUCGUGGAUCACUGCCUGGGGAACGGCGUCUUCGGCUGCGACUCUUCCCGUGACGCUCCAGUGCUGUCUGGACCGAGGAUUGCCCAAGAUGACCACCCAGUUCGUGGUGCCUCUCGGGACCAUGAUCAACAUGGAUGGGACGGCGAUCUACUUUCCCAUCGUCGUGGUAUUUCUGGCGGCUACCCAGGGCCACACGUUGCAGGUUGUGGACUACAUCGUCAUAUGCCUCCUUUCCACCGUGGCGACGAUUGGAGCGGCGCCCAUCCCAAGCUCGUCGCUGGUGUUGACGGUCAUGAUUGCCAACAGCAUCGACGUCCCGAUCACCGGCAUGUACGCCGUCGUCGUGGCCUUUGAUUGGUUUCUGGAUCGUUUCCGCACCGUGGUCAACGUGAGCGGGGACUUCUUUGGCGCGGCAGUCGUCACCCAGCUCGCGGGCAUCACGGACGAUCCCGAGCCGGAAUUUGUUGAAGGCCGUGAGGUUCUGAGGCGGGAUCCUAGCAUCGUGUGA